AUGGAGUCCUUACAGGCUACCAUCGCACAGCUGGAGACAGAGCGGACUCAGCUGUACGAGAGCCUGAAGGAACAGCGGCAGUUGUCGGACAGCCUUGGCAUCAAGAUCGCUGACCUUCAGGAGGAGGUCAUUAGGAAAACGGAGGACAAUAACCCAGACAGCGAGCGCAUCAGCCGGUCCGAGUACCAGGAGCUGAAGACGGCCAUGGAGCUGAUCCAGCAGAAGUACAUGCACGUGAUGCAGGACAAGGCCGAGCUCUCCGACAAGGCGGACCAGUUGGAGCACCUCGUGCUGCAGCUGCAGGGAGAAUCGGACACCAUAGGCGAGUACAUUUCAUUGUACCACCACCAGAGGGCAUUGUUGCAGCAGCGAGAGACACAGAAGAACGACUACAUUGCUCAGCUGGCCCGAGACAGGGAACAGCUACAGGACAAACUGGGGGAGCUGCAGGUUCUGGUGAUGCAGCUCUUGGGGGAGAGGAACAUGCUGCACAGCUACCACGAGGAGACCACAACUCACUCGCCACAGCACCACCACCCCGACAUGGCUGUCGCACAGCAGCAGCGCCCACAGAAACAGCAGCACCAAGCUCUCAGCAACGGGACCAUGAACGCCUACGAAAAUGACUGGCCGGACUACACCAGCUCUGAGAGUGACACAGACAGUGAAGUGGAGCCGAUCGUUGGAGGGCAGCAGAUGCCGGCCACGCCAGACUCUGAGAUGACGCCGCAGUCCUCUCCCCCUGACUCCCCACGGGACGGCGAGGAAGUCGCAGCGCACAG